AUGGAUGACACCCUGCCGACAGUUGCCCAACUGGGUUUGGGGGCGGCCGUUUCAUCACCACCCGGUGAGCAGAAGCGACGGCGUUGUGCGGCCGCAUCAUUGCCCCAGUUGCACUACGAUCGCGUCCAAACGGCGGAAAUGGAGACGCAACUGGCCGCGAAUUCAAGACAUGCGUACGUGAACUUGCCGCCUGCCGUUGACGUGGAAACUGUCGAGGAAGCAAAGGCCAUGUUGGACCGCUGGGAGGCAUGGAAUCUCCUCCUACAGCAACUGCUGCAGUGUAACUACACAACACAGCCACCACCCAGGCGCAGGAAGGGCGACGCGGCGUCUGCUGUCGCCACUGAAACCAUCGCUUGCUCCCCGGCAUGCGAUCAAACAAGCCCGCAUGCCGACACAAGUGAUGGCAAUGCACGGUGUACGCAAAUAAGCGGAGGGUCUUUACACCUCCACACUGAACUGGCUACAGGGUCGGGAUCAGUUACAAAAGCCGUGAAGGUGGCAGUGCAUCCAUUUUCUGUUGCCUCACGCGCGACUGUUGCUACAACCCAACGCAGGGUUAGGCCCAAGUCGACUCGCCGCAGCCGCGCCUUGCUGCUAAAACGGGCGCUGGAGCUAGUGGGGAAACCACUAGGCCGGUCGGGCAGUGGCCCCUACUACGACAUCGGUGGCUCUGAACAGCUCUCAGCAGAGAGGCAAACCUUGGAAGGGCGGGGCGGCGCCAAAUCACCAAUACACUCGGGGGAUUUUCUCACGGAGACGACGACUCCAGCAACCUCCAAAGUUGAGGAGACGGAGGCAAGACACGACCCAAGUGCUGUGGUGGGGCACCUGCAGCAGCGCCUCAGGGAGGAGCCUUGGAUAUCGGCCACUGACUCGCUGGCAGACUUGAAAUGGGCAAACAGCGGUCCUGAUAAGAACAAGAAUGAAACCCUGGCGUGGCCGAGGCCUCCAUCGCGCCUGCAUCGAGAGCUGGACGAGUACGAGGAAGUUACAAAAUCUAUCCGCUUGGUAACUCUCCUUCCGAUAGCUGUCCCACCACAAGCCACGAUGGAAAAGGAGGAUACCCUCCCCAUUUUGUCCUCACCACCCCUUGAUAGUUCGGCAUAUGCAAUGGCGGGGGGAGAACCGGAGGAUGCACAGCAGCCUUUGGUAAAGCAGGAAUCUGUCAGCUCUGAAAUUUGCUCAGACGACGUUCCGCCACGCGGCUUUCCAAUAGUAAUUUUGACGAAGAGUGCUGUGUGUAUUCCUCCCGGGUUUUCAACAGCCCUAAAUGAGCUGAAAUCAGAAGGUGGUGACGCCGUGGCGCAUUUGGCACAUGAGGUGGCAGAGGCAAUGAAAGGCCUGGAUAACGUGGAUGGGGAAGCUGAAGAGGUAGUUGGCACGCUUGAGGUCUUUGGAUCGCCCGCGGCGGGAGCGCGGCAGCCAGCAGACCUUAGUGAGACGCGGUCGAUGGCUGCCGACGAUGAGGAAGUCGACUGUACAACGUCGUCAAAUGCUGCUGUUCCUGCUGCAACAGCGGAAGCGGGCGAGGGCGAUGCGCCGGCAGCAGUCGAGGAAGAUGAGGAGGCGAAUAUGCUGCUUGCCAGCGAUCAGAGCCCAACUGCGUCUGAAACGACGUCGAGGAGCCCGAGCGAAAGUGAGAAAACGAGCGGCAAAAACAUGGUACACGCCCUCAGGAAACAGUGUAGGUUUGAUGAGGUUUGCGCCGUGCAGGAGUUGAAGGACGAAGAGCAUGCAAACCGUGUGGCGCUCGUUAUGGAAGAGAGUUUGCAACUGUGUGAACUCUGCCUUGUGUGUCGCUCAGAGGCGAUGAACACCGCAAAUGGAUGCCAAGCGCAUUUCGGGUCUAACGCCUUGGAGGAAAAGGCCGUUGGCACUUCUUCUCCUCUCGCGAACAAAACCAUUUGGAGAUAUCGAAAUGGCGUAGCGACCCUGAUGGUGAGAAUGCGGAGGCUUGAAAGAAGUCGUUGUGCCCCUCGUGCUCUUCGGUCACAGUUCCUACACUGGCGUCUAAGAAGAAGGUGGAAAACCGGUUCUCGAUGUUUGACGGCCCCAGAGGGGAACCGCGAGGAGAUCAAAAAGAAGCUGCAGUCGGAGGCCUGGGAGGCGCGCCUGAAAGAGGCGGUGAGUGCAGUGCAGGAGGCACGUGCGGCCGCCGCCGCCGCCGAGGCGCGGCGUUUCCGCGAGGAGAAGGCCCGGAUGACUGAGUCCCUCGUGGAGCUGCGGCAGCGCCUAGUGGAGAAGGAACAAACCAUCGAGGACCUCCAUGCCUCACUCCGGGCCUCACACACGGAGACGAGCGAAUACAUGCGGCUUCUCGAGCAAAAGACGGGGGAACUUGUGGCCAGUGAGAGACUCGUCCACGCGACAGCCUCGGAACUUCGCCAGGCGCACAGAACACUGGAAUCCUCAGCCCAGAGUCAUGGGGAGGCGUUGCGUGCGCAGUUGGAGGCCUGGGAAGCGCGCCUGAAAGAGGCGGUGAGUGCACUGCAGAAGACACGUGCGGCGGCCGCCGAGGAAAUCAUGUGUGAGAAAAAGAAAUAUGCCGCGCUGGAGCGUGCAGCGAAUGCCCGUUUGACGGAACUGCAACGCGACGCACUGGAAUCAACUGCAAGGGAGCACCAAGCCCUGCGGCUUGCGGUUGCACUGGAGCGGCCCUUGUUAUUGGCCAAGAGCCAGGCGGAGGAGCAAGCCGCAAAAACACGACUGAUUGCUCUUGAGCUUUGUGAUCAAGAGGAGCGUCUGUUGCGCGCGCGGGCACAGACAGCUGCGGCCGCAGCGUUCUUGGGUCGAGGUGUCUUUGUACCGCUUGUCCAGCGCUGCUUCGGAAGGUGGAUGCGCAAGUGUCGUGAGACAAAGUGCCGUGUGCUGGAGCGUGUGCAGCGGGAAAGCAACGAGCGGCGACGUGAGUUACUGUUGUGGCGCGACCACGUUUGUUUCGCUAGCACCAGCCGGCCAGCGAAGUCGCUUAACGCCAAGUCCGAAACGGCGGAGAUGCCCCUCAUUGCCGCCACGGCGGCUUCAACAAAGGAUACUGAUUUAGCUCCCGCGCUUGCAACGAAGGCAUCGGAGUCACGUGGCUCAAGAAGGGGGCACGUCGGUGCCUGCGGCGCCGAGAAAAAACUGGCACAGGAGCAGCAGCGAGCCGCGGCGCUCGUAGCAGAGCGGGACGUCUUGCGGCACGCCCUUCGCGACAGUGGUGCCGUGAACAGUGAGUUGCUCGCCCAAUUGGAGGCGGCCCUGCGUGGGAACGUACCCUCGCAAUGA